GGUGUGUGUGUUGGUGAGGCGCGCGCGCACCCUGAGACCCCGUGCACUCUCCUGCAGGACGCGCAGCGCGAGCGCAGCAGCAGCAGCAGCGUAACGCACCCGCAGAUAUGGAUUAAUUGCUAUUGUAAGCGUCUCGCGCCGCGUCACUUCCGGCCAAGCCCCGCUGCCCCGCGAGCUCCGUCCAGCCGCCUCGAGCUCCUCCUCAUCUUCAUCACCCUCCUCAUCCUCGCGCCGCGGCUCCCGUGCACGUCAGUCUGCUCCAGCCCACUGCAGUAGUCCUAUAGUCAGCACCUGUUGGUCUCCAGCAUGUCCCUGUCCUCUGGAGCCGUGUCCAGCCCCGGUUCUGGCCGGUUCUGUGGUCUGCUUUGUCCCCUGCAGUCUGAGGGGGAGCAGAACGUGCGGCCCACCGACUCUGGCCGGGUCAUCGAGCGGCAGAGAGACGCUCAGGUCCGCAGGGUGGAGAUCAGAUGGAGCGCCGGCAAAGAGCUGCUGCAGAACAUCAACGAUACGAGUGAUCGACUCCUCAUUAAAGGGGCGAAAAUUGUGAACGAUGACCAGUCCUUCUCUGCAGAUAUCUACAUGGAGGAUGGCCUCAUCAAGCAGAUCGGAGAGAACCUGAUCGUUCCUGGCGGGGUGAAGACCAUCGAUGCCCACGGGCAGAUGGUGAUGCCAGGAGGCAUCGAUGUUCACACUCGCUUCCAGAUGCCCGACCGGGGCAUGACCGCCGCCGACGACUUCUACCAGGGCACCCGCGCCGCGCUGGCAGGAGGCACCACCAUGAUCAUUGACCAUGUGGUGGCGGAGCCGGGGGUGGGGCUGAUUGCAGCGUUUAACCAAUGGCGCGAGUGGGCGGACAGUAAGUCGUGCUGUGAUUACUCGCUCCACGUGGACAUCACCGAGUGGCAUAAAGGGAUCCAGGAGGAGAUGGAGACGCUCGUCAAAGAUCACGGUGUGAACUCUUUCCUGGUCUACCUGGCCUAUAAAGACGUUUUCCAGCUCACCGACUCUCAGAUCUACGAGGUGUUCAGCGGGAUCCGAGACUUGGGUGCCAUUGCGCAAGUCCACGCUGAGAACGGAGACAUCAUCGCUGAGGAGCAGCGCAGGAUCCUGGAGCUGGGCAUCACUGGACCAGAGGGUCACGUCCUGAGCCGCCCAGAAGAGGUGGAGGCGGAGGCUGUGAACCGUUCUGUGACGGUGGCCAAUCAGACCAACUGCCCUCUUUACAUCACCAAGGUCAUGAGCAAAAGCGCCUCUGAUGUCAUCGCUCAGGCCAGGAAGAAAGGAACCGUGGUCUACGGAGAGCCAAUCACGGCCAGCGUCGGCACAGACGGCUCGCACUACUGGAGCAAGAACUGGGGCAAAGCCGCGGCUUACGUGACGUCCCCGCCCCUCAGCCCGGACCCCACCACGCCCGACUACCUCAACUCCCUGCUGUCCUGUGGUGAUCUGCAGGUGGUUGGCAGUGGGCACUGCACGUUUAACACUGCGCAGAGAGCCGUGGGUAAAGACGACUUCACCCUCAUCCCUGAGGGAACCAACGGGGCGGAGGAGAGGAUGUCCAUCAUCUGGGAUAAAUGUGUGGUAACUGGUAAAAUGGAUGAGAACCAGUUUGUGGCCGUCACCAGCACAAACGCAGCUAAGAUCUUUAACCUGUACCCCCGUAAGGGCCGAAUCGCUGUGGGCUCAGACGCAGACCUGGUGCUGUGGGACCCCGACGUCACCAAAAUCAUCUCCGCCAAGAGCCACAACUCCGCGGUGGAGUAUAAUAUCUUUGAGGGGAUGGAGGUGCGCGGGGCGCCGCUGGUGGUGAUCAGCCAGGGUAAGAUCGUGCUGGAGGAGGGAACCCUCCACACCACAGAGGGCUCAGGACGCUACGUACCGCGGAAACCCUUCCCCGACUACGUCUACAAGAGGAUAAAGGCCCGCAGCAGGCUGGCUGAGUUGAGGGGGGUCCCGCGGGGUCUUUAUGACGGGCCGGUCUGUGAGGUAUCUGUGACCCCUAAGGCUGUAACACCUGCUUCUUCUGCCAAAACAUCUCCAGCCAAGCAGGCCUCUCAGCCCGUCCGCAACCUGCACCAGUCUGGCUUCAGCCUGUCCGGUGCUCAAGUUGACGACAACAUCCCGCGCCGCAACACUCAGCGCAUCGUGGCGCCCCCUGGUGGCAGAGCUAACAUCACCAGCCUGGGCUAGACCUGUGGUCCGUCUGCAGGAGAUUCGGGGGCAGCAGGGCGAGGGACGCCCGCGAGUGGAGACGAGUUAUUCACACCACGCCUUGAGCCGAACCGUCUCGAGUGCCUCAGACUCUCCACUCCCCAAAACCCUGUCAACCCCGUAACAUCUCUCUACCGCCAUCCACAUCCCCCCCUCUCUCCUCCCCCUAUUCCCCUCCACCCAAACCCGCACCCUCCCAUAGAGGAGAAAUCUAGAGAAAAAAAACGAAGUAUUUGCCUCAUGUGAAGAUAAAAAGGAAAGAAAAUUAACACUCCAUGUUUGAGCACCUCUGAUUGUAUGAUUUAGUGUUUUUAUACUGUACUUUCUACCUACCAUGUGUCAUUGUGUCAUUUUAUUAUUUUUAUAUUUAACUUUUUUUUGUUUUUUGUCUUUUGGUUUUUAUGUUUGGAGGGGUCCAGUUAGAUUAGGCAGAGCUGUUAUUGUUUUUCUUAAUUUAACACGGUUAACUGGGGUAAAAGGAGAGUCCUAGGUUUGAGCACUUCCAGUGGCCUGAACAUUGUCUUGUGUCGUUGUGUGUUUAUGAGUGAGUGUUUAUGAGUGAGUGUUUAUAAAUGAGUGUCGAAAAGGAAAAAAAGGAGUCAAUCUGAAUAUUCAUAGGGAAAUUAGCCAAUAGCCCUCACACUGUGGCUUGAGGAUCGCAAAUUUGAGAUAGUUGAACACUGUGUUCUGCUUCGGCAUCAGCAGCCAGAGUCAGAGAGAGAGAAUGCACAAUUAGCUGUCACAGGCGUCUGUUGGUUGUUUGUUGGUUGAUAUAUCAGAGCUAGUAAUAAUUGAAAUGGCUUUCUAAAAAUACUGCAGUGAUUCUAGUAACAAUUGCCUUGGCUUUCUAGUAAUACUGCAGUGAUUCUAAAAAUAAUUGAAUUGUCUUUCUAGAAAUACUGCAGUGAUUCUAGUUACAAUUGCCUUGGCUUUCUAGUAAUACUGCAGUGAUUCUAAAAAUAAUUGCAUUGUCUUUCUAGAAAUACUGCAGUGAUUCUAAAAAUAAUUGCAUUGUCUUUCUAGAAAUACUGCAGUGAUUCUAGUAAUGAUUGCAUUGCUUUUUAGUAAUACUGCAGUAAUUCUAGUUAUGAUUGUGUUGUCUUUCUAGUAAUACUGCAUUGAUUCUAGUAAUGAUUGCACUGGCUAAUUCUAAUAAUGAUUUCAUUGUCUUUCUAUUAAUACUGCAGUGAUUCUAGUAAUAAUUUAAUUUGCUUUCUAGUAAUACUGCAGUGAUUUAAUAAUUAUUUCAUUAGCUUUCUAGUAAUACUGCAGUGGUUCUAGUAAUGAUUUCAUUGUCUUUCUAGUAAUACUGCAGUGAUUCUAGUAAUAAUUGAAUUGUAUUUCUAUUAAUACUGCAGUGAUUCUAGUAAUUUCAUUGGCUUUCUAGUAAUGCUGCAGUGAUUCUAGUAAUAAUUGCAUUGACUUUCUAGUAAUACUGCAGAGAUUCUAGUAACAAUUGCAUUGACUUUCUAGUACUACUGCAGUGAUUCUAGUAACAAUUGCAUUGGCUUUCUAGAAAUACUGCAGUGAUAAUAGUAAUAAUUGCAUUGGCUUUCUAGUAAUACUGCAGUGAUUCUAGUAAUAAUUGCAUUGGCUUUCUAAUAAUACUGCAGUGAUUCUAGUAAUAACUGAAUUGGCUUUCUAGCAAUACUGCAGUGAAGUUGUUGUCCUGUCAAGGUGUGUUAUAAAGGCUGUAGUGAGAGAGUUAGACACAGUGGCUGGCGACUCUGCAGCACAGGAAAAGGAAGUUAGGAAGGUGAAGGUGGGAGGAGAUACAGAAAUGAAGGACGAAUGGGCUUUGAUGUGUCCCACAGGAAGUAGGGAGGUGAGAAGAGGAAGUGCGUGGCUUCUGCCACUCCUGUAAAAUCAGCAGCGAUUAGAGUCAGUGUUGGUGUGUUUUGGGCUUUAAUGGCUUCAGUACGUUGUAAAUCCAGAUGUUCAGGUUUUAAACACAUUUCUUGUAACAUGUUUUAGAUGCAUCACAGUAUAAUAAGGAUAUGUUCAAUGAUAUGUGGCUUAUUUUGUCUUGUUUCUGCAAGUAAAAGUUUAAUUUCUAAUAGAAAAAUUGAUUUACUUGUGAAAUUCUGUUUUUGAAUCUAUACAAAAAAAGGAUUUUUUAAAUUUUAAAUCUCAAAAAAGUAUUACAAUCAGUAGAAAUUACUAAUUAAAACUAAUGCAUCAACACCUUCAUCAGAUGGGUAAUUCUUAUUUUUUGAUAUUAGGAAUGAAAUGUGUGCCAAAAAGUACCUUUUACUUGUAAAAAAAUGUUUUUUUUUUAUAUAAGGAAUGGACUUUUACUUGUUUUUACUAGCAGAAAAUUUUAACUAUAAUGUGUAAAACAAACUUGAAGUUAAAUUGGUAAAAUGUCUGAUAUUAAUACAAAUAGGAUUAAAAGCUAAAACCAUUUACAGAAGUGUUACAGACGUUUUUAAAACCUAAAUGUUUGCAUAUACAAUGUAUAAGUACUGCCUGCCUGUGUCUAAUGCAAAGAUGACCGCGCUAUUGGUGAAUAUGAAUAUAAAUAUGGAUAAGGCAUGUUUACGCUGAAGAAAACGGGUGAAUGAGUGUCUCUCGUCUUUUAUGUUUUUACACUAACCCUAGCUUUAUGCUUGUGCCUAAAUUCACAGAAGUGUACUGAUCAUUUUUUAGUCCAUUUUAAUUUUUUGUAUUAUUGAUUUUUUUUUGUUAUUAUUAUUAUUGCUGAAAAAAGGCUAUAGAUGUAAAAUAGCCGAAGUAAACCGAUGCAAAGGUGCCAGAUUCUUCUCCCCGACCCCUUUUCACAGUGCUCUCGCUUGAGAUUCUAUUGCAGUGCCAUUGUCAGCGGGGGUGGGGGGGGUGGGGGGGGGGUGGGGGGUGUAGUGUCGAUGUUAGUGAUGUAGUGCAAUGAUGAUAUGAUAUGUAAUCAAUGUGAUCGCACUGAUUUGAACUGAAUAAAAUAAGGGACUUAUUGAAAUGCUUGUUGAUUAACUUAAGGAGCUCCUGGGUGAAAUACUCACGUGUCGCUGAGCAGUUUUCUGGAUUCAGAUUUAUUGAUCUAGAUGUAUCGUUUUGAGUGGGUGAUAUACUGAAGGUCUAGAAAGUAAGAAUCCACCCCAGGAUUUUGUUUCAACCUGAGUGGCAGCAGACCCAACCAGAGCUGCAACAGACCCAAACUGAGUGGCAGCAGAGCCAUCUUGAACCAUCAGAUCUGCCUUGGUAACAGCAGAGCCAAGCUGAAGCACAGUAGAUUCACUUGGGUGGCAACAGAACUUGCUGAAGCAAAGCAGCUCAGACAGCAGCAGAGUUGACCUGAGUGGCAGCAGAUCUUUUCAGGCAGCAGUAGAGCCAAGCUGAGCUGUAGUAGAGUUACUCAGGUGUCAGCACAACCAACUUGAGCAGCAGCAGAGCUGCCUAGGAGGCAACAGAGCCAUCUUGAGCUGCUGUAGAGUCACUCAGGUGGCAGCAAAACCGACUUGAGUGGCAGCAGGGACAAGCUGAGCUGUAGCAAAGAUACCUAGGUAGAAGCAGAUACAACAUAAGCUGCAGCAGAGCUGCUCAGGUAGUAGCAGAGUUAACAGAGUGGCAGCAGAGCUGUCUAGGAGGCAGCUAAGCUGACUUGAGCCGCUCAGGCAGCAGCAGAGUUGAAUUAGGCAGCAGCAGAGCCAAGUUGAGCUGCUCAAGAACUGCCCAGACAUCAACAAAGUCAAGCUAAGCUGCUCAAAUCUUGCCCAGACAACAGCAGAACCAAGUUGAGCUGCUCUAGAACUACCCAGGAAGCAGCAGAGCCAAGCUGAGCUGCUCUAGAACUGCCCAGACAUUAACAGAGCCAAGCUGAGCUGCUCUAGAACUGCCCAGACAUUAACAGAGCCAAGCUGAGCUGCAGCAGAGCCGCUCAGGCAGAAGCAAAGUUGACCUGAUUGCAUAUCUGCUCAAGCUGAGCUGUAGUAGAGUUACUCAGGUGGAAGCAGAACCAACUUGAGCUGCAGUAGAGCUGCCUAGUCGCUAGUCGGCUUUAGUCGCUUAGGCAGAGUUUACCUGGGUGGCAGCAGAGCCACUUAGGCAGCAGCAGAGCCAAGCUGAGCUGCUCUAGAACUGCCCGUACAUCAACAGAACCAAGCUGAGCUGCUCUGGAUCUGCCCAAACAUAAACACAGCUUAGCUGACCUGCUAUAGAACAGCCCAGACAUCAACAGAGCCAAGCUGAGCUGCUCUAGAACUGCCCAGGAAGCAGCAGAGCCAAGCUGAGCUGCUCUAGAACUGCCCAGACAUCAACAGAACCAAGCUGAGCUGCUCUGGAUCUGCCCAAACAUAAACACAGCCAAGCUGAGCUGCUAUAGAACAGCCCAGACAUCAACAGAGCCAAGCUGGGCUGCUCUAGAACUGCACAGGAAGCAGCAGAGCCAAGCUGAGCUGCUCUAGAACUGCCCAGACAUCAACAGAACCAAGCUGAGCUGCUCUGGAUCUGCCCAAACAUAAACACAGCCAAGCUGAGCUGCUCUAGAACUGCCCAGACAUCCACAGAACCAAGCUGGGCUGCUCUAGAACUGCACAGGAAGCAGCAGAGCCAAGCUGAGCUGCUCUAGAACUGCCCAGACAUAAACAGAACCAAGCUGAGCUGCUCUAGAACUGCCCAGACAUAAACAGAACCAAGCUGAGCUGCUCUAGAACUGCCCAGACAUAAACAGAACCAAGCUGAGCUUCUAUAGAACUGCCCAGACAUCAACAGAGCCAGGCUGAGCUGCUCUAGAACUUCUCACAAAUCAGCAGAGCCAAGCUGAGCUGCUCUAAGACCUCUCAGGCAACAGCAGAGCCGCUCAUGCAGCAGCAGAACCAACAUUAGGUGCAGUAGAGCCAUCCAGAGCUGCAACAGAGCUGCACAGGCAUUUUUAUUUUCUGGACCUAAAUGACCUAUCACUGAAAUAAAAUGUAUUACAACAGCACAGCAUCUCCUAACCUGGGCUGAUGUAAUAUAUUUUCUUUAUAUGUGAUCUAUUACACAUUUAAAUCACCCGUAUUUAACACAUUGUGGGGACUGCUUCAGUGUGGAGUUCCUGAAGGGCUGAACUAAUUGGUUAUGAUGAGAGUGGACCGUGUAUGAUGUAUAGUGUAGUUGUAGUGUAGUGAAAAUCGUCUCACGCUGGAUCAAGUGUGCCUCUCUGUAAGUCUCUGAUGGAACCUGAGCGACCCUGGUGGACCAAGGCUCAAAUCUGCACUUUUAUGUUGUUUUUUUUUUAUUAUUAUUAUUUUUCGUGCAGUCUGGUUCUCAUUUAAUAAACCCAUCCUACAGCUAA